AUGGAGUCGAUACUGGCGAGGGCCCUGGAGUAUACGCUCAAGUACUGGCUCAAGUCGUUCUCCAGGGACCAGUUCAAGCUCCAGGGACGCACCGCGCAGCUCUCCAAUCUUGGUAGGCAAGAGGGCGCUGCUCCUCUCGGGUAAUUGGAUGAAGGCCGCAUGAAUUUUGUUCAAUUCUGAGGUUUACGUGUGCCGGUUUCGAGCGUAGAUAUAAAUGGGGAAGUCCUGCAUGCAAGCGUGGGGUUGCCGCCGGCUCUGCAUGUCACCAAGGCGAAAGUUGGAAAACUAGAAAUCACGGUAAUCUGGGAUCUUUUUGGUUUUUCUGGUCACAGUGUCUUCCAAAAGGAGAGCAAUGUGGUUUCUGAUAUCGCGAUCGUAAAUGGAAUAUGAUGUGUCUUUUCAGCUGCCAUCGGUAUCCAGUGUGCAAAUGGAGCCAAUCAUUGUUCAGAUCGAUCGACUUGACCUCGUCCUCGAGGAGAAUCCCGAUCCCAGUGAUUCCAUAAGUCCUACAAGGUAAAAUUUCUGACUUUGGUUCAUUGAGUGCAUUUUUUUUUUUUGUGAUAUCAUUUAACUGGAAGCUUAAAACAGUGUUCAUGCAUCGAACAACUCCGGGAAAGGUGGUGGCUAUGGGUUUGCUGAUAAGGUAUCUCUUGAUAUCGAUGCAGUGGCAUCCUUAAAUUACAAUGUCUAACUUUAUUUGACGCCAAUUUUUUGUCUGCUAAUUAUGGAUCUUUCGAAGUGGAAGUGAAAAGCCAUUUAAGCCUCUGUUUAUUUACUAAAAUGGCUUUUAGAUUUUUGACGCUUGUGCUCCACUUAGAUUGCAGAUGGAAUGACUUUAGAAGUGGGCACCGUGAAUCUUUUGGUUGAGACACGUGGUGGUGCUCGGCAACAAGUGGGUGCAACAUGGUACAUUCACCCCGCUCAUUCAUUUUUAUGCUUUUUUUUUUCAUCAUUUCUGGCUUAGUUUUAUUAUUUCAGGGGAUGUUUAUGGUUAGAUAUGGACCGUUGAUGAUUGUCCAUGCAUGUCGCACUUUUGUGGAUCCUAAAUUCCCAUCAGGAAGGCAAUUUGUAAUGAUGUUAUUGACAUGUAGGCUAUUUUAGUUGCAGACUUUCCAUGCCAAUCUACUGUUGUAUCAAAUUCCGUGUUAUUCUGAAGAGAUUGAGUGGGUGUUAAAUAGAAAAUUGCUGGCUGUAUUCAUUGGUGUCCUUAAUGGUUCAUACUAAAAAAAAAAGGACGCCUAGGAGAGAAUUGUACCUGGAAAAUGCACAUAUUCGGGCAUUUCUGAUACCUUUAGAUUUUAAACGACUAUUGAAUGCCUUUUUCCAGUGGGAUCUGUAGCUUGGCAAAGGGCUCAUGAUAUGAAUACAACAUGCUUAUUGAAAUCAGUGAAGAAUAUGACUUCUUGAUUGAUUAGUGGACACUGGUGCAUAACCAAAAUCCACAUGGCCAUUUGAAAGUUUGAUGAUAGCAGAUACUUACAGAUCCAUAUUCUGUAGCCAUCAUCCGCAUCUUGAAUUUCAUUAUAUUGUCGUGGGGAUCUAUGACUAGGUAUCUGUAAGUUAAAUGUUCAUCAGCAUAAUCCUCAUGAAGAUCAUGAUUUAUGUUUUGCCCUCGCCUAAUGGAGUAGUCAAGCCAUUAUUUUUGGGUGCCUUUCUGUAUUUCAAAUCAAGCUUUCUAUUAUGCAGGCCUUUUGAUUUCCUUUUUUCUUUUCCAGGAUAUCACCUAUUGCUUCUAUCACAAUGCGCAACCUUCUGCUAUACACGACAAAUGAAAAUUGGCAGGUUUUGUGUCUGCUUGAAUUCCACAAGUAUCCAGUUCUACAAUUACAUCUUAAACAAUUUAUUUCAUUUGGAAACAGGUUGUUAACCUCAAGGAAGCCAGAGAAUUUUCCGACAGUAACAAGUGUAUCUAUGUUUUUAAGGUACUGAUGAUUAUCAAUUAUCCCGAUCCUAUUUUCUUAGUCGAGUUAAUGAUGCAUUCUUUGCUUUGAUAAACCCAUCCUAGUAGGGUUUUUUUGGCUUCUUAUUGUGGAAAAUAUGUUAAUUACUCUUUCUCUUCUCUUUUUUUUUGCAGAAACUGGAGUGGGAAUCUUUAUCCGUUGAUAUUUUGCCUCAUCCUGACAUGUUUUCAGAUGCAUAUUUGAUGUCUCCUGUCAAUGGGGGAAGUAAGAGAGACAAUGAUGGUGCAAAACGAUUAUUUUUUGGGGGUGAACGGUUUUUGGAAGGAAUAUCAGGAUAUGCUCAUGUACUGCAUAUCAUCUUGAGUUGAUCUAUACACUUCCUGGCCGUUUCCUGUGGACAUCAUUUACUGUUUGGAUUUAUUAAGAGAAAUAUGUUCCUUAGAUUUUAUUUUUUUCCUUGUUGUGUAGAUCACAGUACAGAGGACAGAAUACAACAACCCCCUUGGGCUUGAAGUGCAACUGCAUGUCACAGAAGCCAUUUGUCCUUCUUUAAGUGAACCAGGUGCUCACCCUAUCCAAUGCCCAAUCUAUAGCAACAAUGGUUCGAGAUUUUCCCCCCAUCAGAACUGUGACAAUAAUUUAUUAAAAAAUGUGUCAUACAACAGGUCUACGUGCUCUUCUUCGGUUCAUGACAGGAUUUUAUGUUUGUCUAAACAGAGGAGAUAUAGGCAAGAAGGAACCAAAGGUAUUAUUGCUCAUCAGGAAAAAAUAUUUCCUGCUUCCUUGGGAAGAACGAAAAACCUGCUUUCACUAUGUUGACACCUCAAACCUGAUCUGGACAGAAUUCCACAGAAGCAGCUGGACGCUCCCUUGUCUCUAUUAUUGUGGACCAUAUAUUUGUCUGCAUUAAGGAUUCCGGUAAACUAUCUUUGCAAGGAUUCUUUUAGUCAAAAGUGGAGACCAAAUGGAUUAUAUAUUCAGUAUUGUUAGUUAUUAUUUUAUACUACAGUCUUUUACAUGGAAGCCCUGAUCACGAAUUUCAGUGAUCUGUUUUUAUUCCUUAAUUUAUCCUUUUAUUUUAUGUAGCAGAUUAUUUUUAACACUCUGCUUAUUUUGAUUUGCAGAGUUUCAGCUUGAACUUUUAAUGCAAUCGCUUUAUUUUUCUCGGGUAAGAUUUCGUCCUUUUUUCUGGAGUUUUUUUUUAAUGAAAAUAUUUAUUUUCUUGAGCAAUUUAUUGAUCGACUUAAGGGAAAUUCUUAUUCAAUCCAUUGGAGAUUUGGCUUAUAUUGUUCAUGUUGCCUACCAAAUAUUGCAACUUCACAGAUGUUAUCCUGUGAAACUAGUUGCAAAUAGCCUCCUUAAGAAGUGAAACAUGCCUACCUUUGCCUUUAAUGAUUGAAAAUCGUAUUAGUAAUUUCAUAUGCCUACUUAUAUCACGUCUAAGUAGCUUGUUAUCUAGUUAUGACCAGCACUGAUGUACAUUUCCCUACAGUGAUACUCUUGGUCGGGACCCAGCGAUGUUCAUCUAGUGACUAACUUGUUCCAUUUUUCUAGGAGGUUGCCGUAUCAUGUUUAAUGAAGUGCUUAGGUAGUUCUCUGCUUAUGUUAUGUACUUCACAAUAUUUAGGUGUAUAAAUAAGCUCAUAGAAAGAAAGGGAAAAUGUGGCCUGGAGAGAAUUGCCGUUCAUUUUCUGGUCUAUAGGCUUUUUGCCCUAUGGAGGUUUCUUGAGACCUCUUCAAACUCUGAUGAAACUAGCUAAGCUGUUCGAAAAUGGAGGAACAUCUGGAAAAUCGUAUGAUAAGAAUGUCUUUCCAUUACAAUAUUCGUUUCUCAGAACUGGCCUUUUCCUCCAGAUUGGAGAUAUUUUGGGCAUAUCUGGCUAUCUGAACAAACUCUGCUGACCAUGGGAUAUGGCCUCCCCUAAAGAAGUUUUCAAUUUAUUGGGGUGCUCUAUAGUUUGGUAAAAGGUCAUAUUCCGAAAAUAUAAAAGUGUGAAAAUGGAUAUUAUUUCAGGAUGUAAUGUUGUAUCACAUUUCGAACGUCAUAAAUAAACGUUACCUAGUUUUACGUGUUUUUAUUUUUUUUAUUUUUGGUGUUUUUUGUAAAUUACUUGCAUAUUCUUAUCCUUGUCCGAUACGUACCAUUCCUGUAUCUGCCAUUUUUAUCCCAUUCACCCUGUGCUGUAUUAUAUUUUCGCCACAUGAUUGUUGCCAUCAUGAUGCCAUUAUGUCCUCUAUUUGCCACAGUUUUAUGAGAAUGUCCAGAAACUAGUAGUGGAUUUUUCUGGUUGCUAAUGUAAAUUUUACCAUUCGUCUUAUUUUCAAACUCUAUAGUUUCUAGAUCCAUCAGUCACCUGUUCACUGCAUUGGCCUCUUUGGUUGAUUGUAUUUGUCUCCUUUGUAGGCAAGUAUUUCUGAUGGAGAAAAUACAAAAAAUUUGUCUCGUAUCAUGAUUGGAGGAUUAUUUCUGAGGUAAUUUUUAUUUCUCUUCCAGCGUCUUUAUUUCUUUGGUGGAUGUUUUGCGUACGGUGACAUGUAGGUAGAGUUAUCAUGGCAAAGCAUGCAUGCUUCUUAAGCUCUUUUGAUGACUGUACUGCUGAGUUUUCUGUCAUUAAAGGACUUUUCUUUAUCUAUUAUUUUCUAUCUUUCACUUGGUUGUUUUUAAAGCCUCAAAUUUAGUCUCAAAUGUAAACUGAAUUCAAUGAAGUUACUCAAAUGACAUUGAAAAGAAAAUAAGUAAUGAAAUUUAUCAACUAGAACCCUAGGAAAUCGUACAAAGUGAUUUCUGGUAUUUUGAAUUUGCAAAAGCAGUUUUUUUAGAAGACCAUCAAGGAGGUCUUUAAACAUGAAAAAGGAGCACAAUAAACGAGAGUAAGAAGGAAUGUUAUACAUCACUUUAAAUGUAAGAAAAUUUUAUGACUCUAUCGUGAAGGAUUAGACAAGAGGCAGAACAUCGUUAAUCCAUAAAGAGUUUAUUCUCUAUUCUCUUUGGAUUGUUGAAAUAUAUCUGUUCUGAUGAAUCUUAAAGUGUGUGGUGCAUUUUUUUUUUUAUUAAGCUUUGUUCUCCAUGAACCUUUGAGUAUUAGUCUCGUAUUAUUUAUCUUCUUUUACUGCGAACUAUUAGUAUUGCUUUCGUUAAUUUAGAUCAUGUGCUUUGUUGCUGAAUAUGAUGUCCCACGAGCAGGGACGCAUUUUCACAUCCCCCUUGCACCUUGAUUCAGCCAUCAAUACAGCCUGAUCUGAAAGAGCACACUCAUGUCCCAGAAUUCGGUAGGUCUUACUUCAAAUUACACGCUGAUUUCUUUGCACCUAAUGUCUGACCUGUUUCACGUAUUGCUUAUGCAGGUGAAAACUUCUGUCCUCCGAUUUAUCCUCUUGGGGAUAAAUACUCCCCAUAUACUUCAGGUGUUCCUCUUAUAUGCAUCCAUUCUCUUCAGACCAAUCCAUCGCCUGCCCCUCCAUCAUUUGGUUCUCAAACAUUUAUCGAGUGCCUACCUCUUAUGGUAUGUCAACCUGACUCUGACUGUCCUCAUCCAGCAAGAAAAUAAGAUAGAGAAGAAUGAUGUUUGUAAUUUUUAAUAUGAUUGGUAUUGCUUUUGGUUUCCCUUUUCAGAUCAAUCUUCAGGAAGAAUCAUGCUUGAGGAUUUCUUCGUUCUUAGCAGAUGGCAUUGUCGUCAGCCCUGGUGCUGUUUUGCCAGAUUCCUCGAUAAAUUCAAUUAUUUUCACUCUUAGAGAGUUUGAUCUCAUCGUUCCUCUGGAUGGUGGGAAGACAUCUGAUUUUGUCUGUGAUAGAGGCUAUUCUUUUCAAACCUUUUCUGGAGCAAGACUUCAUGUUGAGAACCUAUUUUUCUCGCAGUCACCGUCAUUAAAAUGCGAGCUUCUUAACUUGGACAAAGAUCCUGCUUGUUUUGCUCUGUGGCAAGGUCAGCCAAUCGAUGCCAGCCAGAAGAAGUGGAUAACUCAGGUUUCAUAUCUUUCUGUCUCUCUUGAAACUUGCAGUGGGUUAACAGGACAAAAGACUUCUGAUAGAUCCCCAGGUCUGUGGACGUGCGUUGAACUGGAGAAAGCCUGCUUUGAGGCAGCGAUGGUGACCCCAGAUGGUACCCCACUGGUAGAUGUGCCUCCUCCAGGUGGUAUUGUCAGAAUUGGUGCGGCUUGCCAACAAUAUCUGUCCAACGCAUCUGUUGAGCAGCUGUUCUUUGUUCUAGAUCUGUAUGCAUACUUUGGUAGUGUCAGUGAUCAGAUACUGAAAAUUAGUAAAAGCAAUAGACGGAGAAGUACUAGUGAAACCUCACUAGAGAAAUUAUUGGAAAAGGCUCCCAGUGAUACUGCAGUGAGUUUAGCUGUAACUGAUCUCCAGCUUAAAUUUCUGGACUCCUCUUCUGUUAAUAUUCAAGGAAUGCCUCUGGUGAAGUUCAGUGGGGAGGAUUUAUUUGUCAAAGUUUCUCAUCGGACAUUAGGUGGUGCAUUUGCGAUAUCAACGAACUUACAUUGGGGGAGUGUUGGAGUGGAGUGUGUGGAUGCAGAGGAGAUACUUGCUGAUGAGAAUAAUGUACAGACGCCUGUGAAAAAGGACCUGUUGGUAUCUGGCAAUGGAUACCCACAGAUGCGAUCUGUCUUCUGGAUUAAUAACCAAAGUAAGGAUCUUUGGAAGCCGGUCCCUUUUCUGGAGAUAAAUGCAGUUCAUGUGAUCCCUUAUAAUGUGAAAGAUAUGGAGUGCCACAGCUUAAAUGUAUCUGCCAAGGUUACUGGUGUCCGUCUUGGUGGCGGAAUGAACUAUACUGAAGCUUUACUUCACCGUUUUGGUAUAUUGGCACCAGAUGGUGGUCCUGGAGUGGGGCUCUCAAGAGGACUAGAACGUUUAUCUUCUGGGCCCUUGGGAAAGCUUCUGAGAGCGUCACCUCUCACUGACUCCAAUCAAGAGCAAGGUAUGUAUGAAACCUUUUGUAUUUUUGCAUAUUGCCACUAUAUGUACAAAUAUUUUCACAAACAAGUAAGUUUUAUCUUGAGAUAUUACGUACAUUUCUAGUUGGUAAAUGAGCAUGGAUUACGUAGCUAGACCACAGGUGUCCGCUCUGAAGAACCUAACGAUAUUGUGCAAGUAAUGCAAGCAGCCAUCACCUUGAUGUCAACCUUCGCUUUCUGACUCUAUCAAUAUCGUAUAUUUCAUUUGGUUGGUUGAUAAGAAAUUUACAGGGAAGUUCCUAGUCGUAGAUCCAGCUAAAUUUUUCCACUGGUGAAGAAUGAUGUGCAAUUUAAACGGUCUUUUCUGCAUCGAAUAAUGAAUAUUAAAUGGCUCAUGAAUCCAGCGAUUCCCAUAUUGCUCUGAACUAUACAAGUUGGACUGGGAUUCAGACUAUUUUAGUCAUUGCAUUAACAUCAGCCAUGGUAGCAAACGCCUGGUUGGAUCGGAUCGAAACAAUAGGUGGAUUAGCUGCGAUUCAGAGUGACUUGGUUCUUCAUCAGCUUGAAUAUUCUGUGAUUGAUUGCGUUGGAUGGAUGACUAAUGGGUUAGCUUUGGUUUAGUUCAAUCUGGUUUGUGGCAUUUCUUUUUAGUAUUUCUUGACCGCUGAUUGAUAACGCUGAAUGACACCCAAAUUGUGAAAUCCCUCUGACAAAAGUUCCUAACUCCGUUCUAAAUUUCCAGUCAACCUAGUGGAGAAUCUUUGUCUGUAGAUCUUCUGAAUGUAGGUGAGUGUUCUCAAAUUUAGGGACAUAAAAUCAGGUAAUUGGUUUCCUACGAUCUGUAUAUUUUAUGGAAAGACACCAUCUCGUACAUAUUUCAAUGAUAUACAUAAUAUUAGAUGACUGGAUUUCAUUUCCAAUUUGUUGAAAGCAUGAGUCAAAUAAUCGAUGUUAUUUCAGCAGCAGCAAUCAUAUGGCACCCAUUAGGCCGUAAUUUCCUAUCAUUUGUCUCAAUAAUUUUUUUUUCACUGUUGUUUUCUGGUUUGGGAUAAUUGGUCGUACGCAUAUUUGAUUUAUCCGAUGCAUCAGACACCAAAGGUUUCCAAUUUUGCCUAAUAUUGUGCUUCUUCUCUAGAUUUUAGAUUGGUUUUUUUGUCAAAUUUUCAGAUGAGUAUUUGAAAGACGAGCUCAAUAUAGGAGUUUUGGAUUUGGGGAAGCCAGAUGACAUCGAUAUAUGCUUGGAGAUGGAGGACUGGCUGUUUGCACUUGAAGGUGUGCUAGAGUCGCGGGAGGAGUGGUUAUAUCACAACUCUGAGGACAUGAGAAGGGCAGAUCGGUGCUGGCAUGCGACAUUUCAUAGUCUGAAAGUGAAAGCCAAAAGCAUCUCGCAAGACUCAGAUAAUGCUGGAAAAUUAUGCAGAUCAAAUAAGUAUCCAGUGGAAUGUCUCAUAGUAGGCGUCUUAUUCUACAAACUCACUCCUUAUUUUAUUUUGUUGGUUGUUGGUGAUGUUAAUUACCCAAUUAAUUAUAUGAUGAAAGGAACUAAUUUUAAUCGAUUUCAUGAGCUCAAUAACUGAAGACGCACCAAUCUAGCUGCAGUCUGGUUCCAUUUUAUUAGAUCAUCACUCUUGUCAACUCCUGUACUGUAAAGAUUGUCGCGAACUGACUCUCGGAGAAUCGUCACAGGUGUCUGUAGACGGGUUGAAGGCAUUGAAGCCUCUCUCUACCAACUCUCUGGCAGAUGUUUCGAUGAGAGAAAGAGAUCCUCUUGUCCAAAGCAAGCUGGGGACAACGAAUGGGGGGUUAAACCUGGAAGUCAACAUGGUAAUGUCUGAAGGUGAGAGCGAGGAUAUGGCCAGGUGGAUGGUGGAAAACUUGACAUUUUCAGUCAAAGAACCGGUAAUUGAACUGUGCCUUGUCCAUUCUGCCUCUCUCGAUCGAUAGAAAAAUGGAAAGUUGUGCUCAGUUGUUUCUGUCCAGGUCGAGGUGGUCGUCACACGGGAUGAACUGGAACACCUCACCACCCUUUGCAGUGCAGAGGUUGACUCCAUUGGGAGAAUUACAGCAGGAAUUUUGCGUCUUAUGAAACUUGAUGGAUCAGUCGGCCAGGCUACUAUAGACCAGCUCAGCAACCUUGGUAAGAAUUAAAUUAUUUAUAAUAUAUAUAUAUUCUAUGUAUUUAGCAGUUAGUUCCCUGUGCCUAUUUUUUCACUUUUCAUAGCCAUAUCUAAGCUCCAAUUGAUUCCCUUAUGUUGUCCGUAUAGCAGAGUCAUGGAAAGCCUGGAGAGCACCACAUUGAAAGAGAUAUAGAUUAAACUCUCUAAUUCAAUUUAUGGGCUCCACCCAUUCACCACCCACUGGUUUUGGAAUAAACAGUCUACUAGUUUGAUGGCCUGAAUUGGGAUCAGAUUGAGGAAAAAGUAUCCACCAUUCACCCCAAUAACCUUUCAUUGAAAAGUAUUCAUGCAUUUCAUCUCAUUAAUUUUAUAGCAUCUGCUAGGGAUCCUCCAAUCCAUUAAUCUCUCUGUUAUCUACGCUUGUGUGGCAGCCUCCCAGCCACAGUGCUCUCGUGGACUUCAAUCAGAUAUUCAUGGAUUUUCAUCUAAAUAAUUUUAAAAUAUAUAUUGUUGGUCCUGCAAUGCAUUAAUCAUUCAAUUAUCAUAGUAACCACCCUCUGAGCUUCCUGCAAUUAUCACGAUGCCUUGUAGGGAGAGAGAGCGUGGACCGAAUCUUCUCCCCUGAGAGGCUCAGCAGGUGCAGCAGCAUUGGGAGCAUUGGCUUUGCUCCCUCUCCGAGCUCCGGUGGCAGAAACCUCAAGGUGGCCUCCGAGUCAACUAUGGCCACUCUAGAGACCGUGCUCUCCGACUCGCAGGCCAAGUGCUCUGCCUUGGUCGCCGAGCUCACCGGCCCGGAGUUUCCUCCACACCAACUCGCAGAGAUAAAGCAGCUCAACCAGAACCUUGAGACCAUGCAGGUGCUUCUCAUGAGGCUCAGGACCCAGCUCUGA